GCAGAGGACGACCACUGCUGCGCUUCAAGGAUGUCGUAAAACGUGACAUGAAGGCCCUGGACAUUGCGACGGACAACUGGGAGAGGCUGGCGGAGGACCGGAUGAAGUGGCGCCAUCAGCUGCGCGAAGAUCAUAAACACCUGAAGAAAUCUAUCUACGUGAAACAAAGUCCGAAGACCAAGUCAGUCCAGCCCGGCGACUCAGUGACUCUCCAGUGUUCACUCCUCUCCAAAAACAAAGAAAACGCAGAUCAGUGUCCAGACGAACACAAUGUGUACUGGUUCAGAUCUGGAUCAGGAGAAUCCCAUCCAAGCAUCCUUUACACUCACAGUGAGGAACAAAAGGAACGCAGUUGUGUCUUCAGUCUGUCCAAAACUAUACACAACUCCUCUGAUACCGGGACGUAUUACUGUGCUGUGACUACAUGUGGACAGAUCCUGUUUGGAGAAGGAACUACAGUGGAGACAAGACAACAACUGGACCUGUCCCAAUUUGUCCCUGUGCUCGGGACGCUGCUGGCCUGCAGUUUGAUUGUGAUUGCUGUUCUUAUAAUCUUCAGAAAUCAAAAGUCAGUUUGUGAACAUCGCAAAGGAGAAUCUUCCAACCAUGAUCUUCAUGAAGGAUUGGCUGAGGAUGAAUCAAUUAAUGUGGGCGGUGGAGCAGCACUGAACUAUGUAGCGCUGGAUUUCCCCUCAAGAAAAGCCAAAAGAUGGAAAAACAGUGAGUUAACGCAGGACUGUCUGUACUCUGGCAUGACAGAUCAUCAGUGAACUACACGACAAAAGAAGGUCUAUUGUGUUUCAUGUUAGAUUGAUCUUGAAUAAACACUGAAUAAUUCACAGAUUUAUUAUUGAAGAGUUCUGCCAGAAAAUCCAUCUUUGUUAUUUUUAUUCAGAAAAUGUUGUGACAUGUUUUGUUUGAUAAAGUCACCUGUGACCUUUUGUACAAUUCUUAGCUAAUUGUUGUUGUUUUAAUGAAUGUUUGGCUUGAACUUUGAGACACUUUGAGUUUUUAUCUAAACACAAGACUGUUAGGCUUUAUGUUGGGUUAAUAUGCAAAGACAGUAUAUUCAGAACAGGCUACAAUACAGGAAUAGUGAGUGCACAAUGAGUCCAGUUUUUACGUGUGACAGG